GCACUCCUCAGGUAGACCGUCCUCAACACGAGGCAAGACGUGGACUUAAUGCGGCAGACCUUGCAACGUGUAGAAACGCAUCGGGUUGAAUUUGAGAAUGUCUGGAAUAACUUCGUAGAAAAGUCAGCAAAGGACGUUGACCAACAUGUGCAAACUUACAUCCUGGUUUUGGACGAACAUAUUAAUAAAGUCUUCACACCGGAGGUCGUAGAGAAGAUUGUAAAGGGAGCUGGAGGCGACGGAGGAGAUGGAGGUGGCGACGGCGAUGAUGACGAGAAAGGAAAGAAGAAGAUUGAGGAUUUAAAGGGUCAACCUUCCCAGGAACCCGGGCAGACUAACAAGAUUAAGCUCAAACUGCCAUGGACCUACAAUGGAAAGAAAGAAGAGAGUGUGUUGCACUGGGCGGCGGCGAUUGAAACGUACGUGUACGGGCAGCGCAUUCCUUAUUGGGACAGGGUGUUGAUGGCAACUUCGUGCAUGGGAGGCGACGCCAUGAGCUUCGCCAUCUCGCUGCAAAAGGAAGCGGGAUGCAGCUCUAUGGUAGAGUAUUCGCAACAAACGCGAGUCGAAGAUUUCCUCAAGUUAAUAAGAGAAAGAUUUGAAAACAAGAACUUGGCCAGGCGUAUAGAAAUGUUGAUCCUCAGCCUUCCUGAUAGGAAAUGGAAGAGUACCUCUGCACUGAAGGCAACUAUGGAUGAACUAUUGCAAUGCCCUGAUCACGGGUUGACGCCAGCCCAAAUUCUGAACAGUUUUGCACGAGCACUCCGGAUCCCCUAAGAACACAACUCUAUCCCCGUACCAAGGAAGAG